AUGUCCGACCAAUCAAGCAUGCCCCGCGCCCCGGCGCCAGUGCACACUGAGCAGCCCAAGUCGCAGGACGCCAUGGCCAUGAACGCUCAAGAGCCCCAAGGGUCGCAGGAAGACCGCUCCGCCGACGAUGCAGAGCUCACGCUGCGCGGCGGCGAGGCGUGUCCGGGACGGUUCUGCUUCAUCAUCCCGUGCCCGAUUCCCUGCAACUUCUGCGUCUUCCCCUGCCCCUGCUGA